AUGCACUUCUUACAAUCUUGUUUUGUAGUUGCUUUUGGCGGAGAGCUGGGUGCUACUUCCUUCUAUACUGGCUUUGCAGAUGUUUUCUUUCUUUCUAGCGAGCCUUUGCCAUUGAUUGAUACUCAUAACGGUAUUAACAUUUUCAAAUGUGUUCACAAUUGUUUUGGUCCCUUUUGUGUUUUGAUCAACUACAACCAGCUCAUAGACUAUUCGGCCUCUGCUAAUGGCAAACAGACACAGCGCUCAUCUGAAGCUACAUUGGCAAGCUCUUUCGCAGCUCUCCAACUGAAAAAAUUUGAGCUUGAAUUCUCCGUCGAUCCUCUGUUCAAGAAAGCGUCCGCAGACUUCGACGAAGGUGGAGCGAAAGGCUUACUUCUGAACCAUCUUGCUAUCGAUUCACAAGGACGUAUUGUAUUCGAUAGUAGCGAUGAUGCCGGGGACGCAUCAGGCGAAGGCGAGGCCACAAGACGAAAAGACGACGCUAUACAAGAAGAGGACGAAAUUGAACCCGAUUCGAUGAUCGAUACAAUUGUUAAAGAGCCCGAAGAAGACGAGCAGGAUGUCGAGAUUGAUAUCGGAGCACUUGGUGCGAAAUUCUUCCCCAAUCUAGACCGUCUGGAGGAGCAGGAUAUUUGUCCGUCCCUGAAGAAUUUCGAUUUAGGCGACCCUUCUGGAUCAAUGGACAUCCCAUUCUUGAAAGCCCCAGAGGACUGGCGACAGGAGAAGGACAAGCCCUCCGAGGAAGACCCCAUUGGCAAUAAAACUGGCAUUUUCCUGGACGAUGAUAAUCCAGCUGGGUUCGAAGACGACGAUGACGGACUGCUGGGUAAUUUUGAUAUACCAGCCGACACUGGGUUUGGAAAGGGUGGCGAGGCAUGGGCACGCGACGCUGCGAUCGAAACCCGAAUGCGUGUCCAUGAUGCCGGAUUCGAUAAUGACGGGAUGGGAGGCGAUGGCGAAGAUGGUGAUGGCAUGGGUGCCGGUGUUUUCGACCCUGAGACCGGCGAGUAUGUUGUAUCGUUGGACCGUGGAGCUAAAACCCAGGGUGGCCACGAUGAUAUAUUGAGCUAUUUCGAUGAAGCACUGCAGAAGAACUGGGCAGGACCUGAACAUUGGCGCAUUCGAAAGAUCAAGGAUAUCAACAAGCCAACCUCGGCUACUAAGGCACGAAAAGAGAAAGAGCCUUUUGAGAUUGACUUCAUGGCUCCUCUAGGCGCCAGUCUUGCAGAGACAAUCUACACCCCAGCUUCAUCCAAUACCGUCAUUUCUCUCCCAAAGAAGGAUUGGAAGUCUAAGACAAGAAAUCUACUUCCUGACGACAAGCACUUCAAUUCAAAGCAGCUCCUGCGACUAUUCCUCAAACCAAAGGCUAGGAUGGGAGGCCGGAAAUCUGGAUUGGGCGCGAAAAUUGGCACUUUUAGUCAACCUAAGGAAGAUGAAACCCCCGAGGGCGAAAUGGAUGAGGCAUUUUGGGCUGGCAAAGAGGGACCCGCUGGUGUUGGGGAUGAGGCUGCGGUACAAGGCGACUACGAUGCCAAUUUCUUCCAAGACGAUGAUUUGCCGAUGGCAGGUGGCAUGGAUGACGAUGAUGACAUGGAGUUUGCUGACGCUCGAGAUCACUUCUCCCCUGGCGCUGAAGAGAGGGGCGACCGCGGUAUCGACGGCAUUCAUAAUGUGUUAAAUGGCGGUAUGACCCAAAGCACGGAAGGCGAAGGCGCCUUUGGUACUCAGCUUGUCACCCAAAGUCGAAGACUGAGACCAGAAUACAUGCAGUAUGCUCGGGUUGCGAAGAAGGUUGACGUUAGGAGACUGAAGGAAGAGCUUUGGAGAGGUAUUGGCCUCGAAGAUCUUGAAUCUGACCUGCCUCCGCCGACACCGUCGAGACCAACACCGCCUAUGGAAUCUAAGAAGGGAACCGAUGACAGUCUUAAAUUCACCUCGGUCAUGCAGAACUUGCAGGGCGUCUACCCAAAACAAGCAAUGGACGACAUUUCGACGAGCUAUUGCUUCAUCUGCUUAUUGCACUUGGCAAAUGAAAAGGGUCUUGUGAUUGAGAAACAAGAGGGACUGAUGGAGCUGGACAUUAGGAAAGACCCGACUGCAGAGAUUACUGUUGGUGGCUAA